AUGGCGCCGAAGCAAUUGGUAACAGUCGGCCUGAGCGCAUUCUCCAUUCUAGGAGCGGUCCAAGCGCAAGGUACAGCUUGCGAAAAGCCAAUUGCCCCACAGAACGCGGCUCCUUCGGUCGCCCCGGGAUUUCGCGUCGAGGUUGUAGCAAAUGGUCUGAGAGACCCUCGCAGCAUUCUGUUUGAUCGUCAAGGUGGACUGCUGGUGGUUGAGCAGGGCUAUGGAGUUAGCAGACUAUCCCUGACGGGCGAUGGUGCUUGUGUUCGCGUUGAGGGUCCAGUGCAAAACGUUAUUGAAAAUGACUCUUUGAAUCAUGGCAUUGCUUUCUCCGAAGAUGGCCAUACUCUGUACGCGUCUUCCCAUAGCAAUGUCUUCGCCUGGGACUACGAUGCUUCUCAAGGCAAGACCACGUCUGAUUCAAGAGAUGUUGUUCAAGGAAUGGGAGACAGGGAGGGACAUACUACGCGUACACUGCUCAUGUCCCAGAAGGUCCCUGGUAUGUUGCUCGUCUCCCGCGGUAGUGUGGGCAACAUCGAUCUUCAGACAUUGGACGUGACUACUGGAGUAUCCACGAUCAAGGCCUACAAUGUGAACAACAUGACCUCUUCAGCCUAUGACCACGCCUCAACCGGUAGACUUCUCGGCUGGGGUCUCAGGAACUCAGUCGGUAUAGCUGAGGAUCCCGUAACAGGCGGUAUCUACUCUGUAGAAAACAGCGUCGACAACAUCAUGCGAAGUGGCCAGCUCAUCAAUGAAAACAAUCCCGGCGAGGAAAUGAAUUUCCAUGGCUUCCUCAAUAAAACAGCAAGCGACGUUCAAGAUGUAAAUCACGGAUACCCUUCCUGCUUCACAGCCUGGAAUGUCUCUGAGAUCCCCGAUUUCAAUGGUGAAGUUGGCCAACAAUUCGCCAUCGGAGACCAAAACGCAACCGUCAAUGACACUUUUUGCCAAAACGACCGUAUUGCCCCCCGUCUUGCCUUUCAAGCUCACAAUGCCCCCCUCGAUAUCAAGUUCAAUCCCAACGGCACUGCAGCAUGGGUAACUAUGCACGGAUCGUGGAACCGUGAAGACCCCGCUGGCUACAAACUCACCCUCAUCCCUUUCAACGGUGCUGGCUCGCCUGUCGCCCCAUCCAACAGCACCACUGCAGCCAUCGAUGUUGUAUCUAACCCAGAUCUAUCUGCUUGUCCUCGCUCAUGCUUCCGCCCUGUUGGUCUUGCGUGGGAUGCUAAGGGUAGAUUGUACAUGACUUCUGAUUCUACAGGUGAGAUCUUUGUUGUUACAAAGGAGGAUGGGAGUGGGGUUGCGGAUGUAAGUGAUGUAGCUGGCAGUGCGACUGCGACGGCGUCGGCGAGUUCGGGACAGAGCCCUGUGCCGAAUGUUGCAAGUGUGGUUCUGGGCAGAUGGAGUGGUAUGUAUUGGGUUGCUGUGGCAGUUAUUAUGAGUGUUUUGGUUUGA